AUGGAAAAGUCCACCACACCUGACUUAUCCGACCAUCAGGCGGGCAUCACAUUCGUCGCUGUCGCUGCCCAGUUCUCCUUCUGGGCUACAUCUCUGUUGAUCGUGAUCUUAUUUUAUUACCGAUUACGCAAGUGGGAUCCAACAUCUAAACAUGUGAUUUGCUCUGAGGAGUUUUGUGUGAAAUUCCUUAGGAGUCAAUUCGCAAUAUUGUUUUUCGAUCUACUGCUAUCAGACUGGGUACAAGCACUGGGCUUUUCCAUGAACUUUGCACAUAUCGGCGACACCGCUAUUGCCAAUUCACCAGUCUGCGUCAGUCAAGGAGUCUUCAUUCAGCUCGGUGAUACCUCCGGGGCGUUUGCAACUCUCUUGAUAGCUGUCCACACUUUCGUCGUUCUUGUGAUUCGAUCGCCACCCACCACCACCACUCUGCUCAGUCUCGUUGCUCUUAAAUGGGUCAUCUCUAUUUGCCUUACUGUGAUCGGUCCUCUGUUUUUCGUUACCAAUUCCCUUGGACCAUUUUAUGCGCCUGCUGGUGGUUGGUGCUGGAUUAGUGGCGAGUAUUCUUGGCCCCGCCUCUACCUACAUUAUAUCUGGCUGUUUCUCGCAGGCAUCGCAUCAGCCGUCAUCUAUGGACUGACUUAUCUCACUCUCCGCCGUCGGGUCCGAACGCAUGCCCAUCAGCAAUCAAGUGUCCCACCAGAUCUCUCGCCUGAUAUGACUAGCAUGGAGAGUGCUGCUCGGAAGAUGCUAGUCUAUCCACUCUGCUACCUUCUAUUGACGCUCCCACUUGCCAUCUAUCGAAUCGCUGGCAUAUCAGGACAUCCCUGGCAACUGGAUGCCCAGCUUGUAUGUGGCUCUAUCUUCACACUUGCUGGUUUCGUGGACGCCAUAGUGUUUUGUACAUGGGAAGAGUUAGAUGCUAAAUCAUUUUGUUUGAUGCACGACUUUGAAUACACAAUGGAUCCACCCGACGACCCAAAGCCCAAGGGCUUGAAGACGAUCAUCCAAGGUGGUCCUGUACAGCAGUUCAUGCCGGCCAAAUACUCACUCGCUACAAUUGAUCUCAACUCUUUCGACGAUGCUUCGCCGUGA